AUGGACAGGAGGACAACUGCCCACCACCCGCAGAGGAAUGUGCUUAAGGAGCGCCUGAACAAGACCCUCGCCGACAUGGUGGCAAUGUACGCCGACGUCGAACACAACACCUGGGAUGCCAUCCUGCCGUACGUAACCUUUGCUUACAACACGGCGCUUCAAGAAACAACACAGACAACACUGUUCAAGCUGGUUUGCGGCAGAAACCCGACAAUAACUGUCGACUCCAUGCUGCCGCACACAACCGACAAAGAGAAUCUUGACGUCGCCACCUAUAUCCAGCGCGCUGAUGAAGCCCGACAGCUCGCCCACCUGCGGAUCAAGAACGGGCACAGGACCGACAGGCGACAGUGCAAACUUCGACGACGCUACGUCGAUUACCAGGCCAGUGACCAUGCUUGGGUUUGGACCCCAAUACGCCGGCGAGCAGUUAGCGAGAAUCUUUUACGCCGUUACUUCUUACCCUGCAAAAUCAUCCCGCGCAUUGGCUCAUUCCACUAUGAGGUCGUGUCAGAUGGCAUUUCGCUGUCACAUCGGCGCCGCUCACGACCCGAAGUAGUCCAUGUUGUGCGACUUAAGCCAUUCUACCAGCGCUUACAAACUUCGGCACUCUGGAGUGUCUAA